GCCGCUUUAGCUGAUAUGAUAGUCAUCUGCUUCUAAUCUUCUUCUAUCUUAGCAAUUUCUCACUGUCAUCGGUCUUUAAACCCUAGAGAGGGGUAGAGAGAGAGAGAGAGAGAGAGAGAGAGAGAGUAGGCCUUUGCAUUGGCAUUAUCAUCAUCAUCAUCAUCAUCAUCAUCGAUGGAGGAGAUAACUGAGGGAGUCCACAGCAUAAGCAUUGAGACCGACGCUCAGCAGAAGAGGAAUCGAAUCCAAGUGUCCAACACCAAGAAACCUCUCUUCUUCUAUGUCAAUCUCGCCAAGAGGUACAUGCAGCAGUACAAUGAAGUGGAGCUUUCUGCUCUUGGGAUGGCUAUAGCAACUGUGGUCACAGUAGCAGAAAUCUUGAAGAACAAUGGCUUGGCUGUGGAGCAGAAGAUAAUGACCUCGACUGUUGAUAUCAGGGAUGAAAAUAGAGGCCGGUCAGUCCAAAAGGCGAAGAUUGAGAUAUUGCUGGGGAAGUCCGAUAAGUUUGAUGAGUUGAUGGCAGCUGCUGCUGCGGAGCAGAGCAACGACAAAGCUGCCGAAGAAGGAAAAUAGAGAACUGGAUGUAGUUUCAAUUUCAUUCAAUGCUUCUUUGGUUCAUAUUCUUUUCAGGUUCUAGAGCAGUUUAAUGACCUUAAAAUUUGUUUAUUAAUCGAGGCACACUUUUGCUCUCA